AUGCUUUUCGCUGGACAGCGACAGAAAUGCUUCGCACAGUCCUUCGUCUUCGCCUUCGUCGCGCCGGGAUCACCGCCAUCUGCGCCCAGGAGGUCCAGCACUUCGGCUUCGUCUUCGUCGCGUUGGUUCAUGGAGCCUGUCGGAAGAGGUUUGAUCAGAUGCCCCAUCUACAGAUGGUUUGACAUCAUCUACAGAUGGUUCGUGACUCAGCACAAUCAGCACAAUGCUGCAGAAGGGCAGGCGCAGCUCAAGAAGGACAUUUCGGCGACGAGCUUGUCGUCUUCGGCUUCGCCUUUCGGCGAGCCGAAAUUUGUUUCGUGGGUCGACAACAAAUACGGCGUAUUGUGGGAUAUCUCCAACGGGCUGAGAGGGCUCGCGCAGCAGAAGCCUUGGCACCUGCCGCACGGCAUCGAACGCCUCACGACCGACGAGGAGGGUGCUGCCGGCUUCUCGCUGGACAACUUGGAGGAGCACUGGAAGUGGGGCCGGGAUGCAAUUUUGACCGCAGCCACCACUCACUUUUUGCGGGACGACAAGUCCCGCCGGUUCUCGCUCUACGAUGACGAUCGAGGGAGGUUAUGCGUGAAGGUGCACGCCCAACCUUCGCGGCGUGCACCUUUCAACCAAGGCAUCGAACGCCUCACGACCGACGAGGAGGGUGCUGCCGGCUUCGCGCUGGACAACUUGGAGCAGCACUGGAAGUGGGGCCGGCAUGCAAUUUUGGCCGCAGCCAACACUUACUCUUUGCGGGACGACAAGUCCCGCCGGUUCUCGCUCUACCAUGCGGCAGAGACGGCAGUGACGGCAGAGGCGGCCGACCUGAAGAAGGCGGCAAAGGCAAAGGCCGCGAAGGCCGCGAAGGCGGCGAAAGCGGCGGCAAAGGCAAAAGUAAAGGCCGCCGCAGCUUUCACAUCUGGGCUCAUUUGCGGUUACUCAUGA